AGAGAUGAUAUAGUUAUAUAGCCUUGUGUGAGGUCUAGGUCAAAUGCAUUGCGCCGGUUCCUUCAUGCAAUGGGAAAUUUCGCCUUUUCUAGUUAAUGAACCUUAUGACCCUAUAAAGUUUAGGACAAAAAGUAUGUAUGAUGUCACUGACAUCAAAAAGACCAUGAUAGAAUAGUAAUUUUUAACAGUUACUUAGAACAAUUAUCUAACGUUACUUAAUAACACAUUAGACAACUAGCUAGUAGUGUUACAAAAAAAAAACUAGCUAGUAUGAAAAGAAAAUAAACAUUAUAGAGUGCUUUCUAGUAAAUAUUAUUUUAGCAAAUUUAGAAGUUUGUAUACUCUCAUCAACUUCUAUAACUUCCCAAUCGGUAGAUAAAACUUGCAAAUACAAAAAGUUGGUUAUCAUAUUAUAAAAUUAGAAAUUAUAUUUUAGGACAAAACAAUUGCUUUCUCUCAGUUGUAAAAACCUCGACUGUAUUAUAAAUUUGGAGAAUUUUCAUAUUUACCACUUUGUUGAUUCCAUUAUUUAUGUUUACCAUAACUUAAGAGACAUUUUCAAAAAUACCUCAUGUUCAAAAAUUCACAGCUAGACGCCCGUCUAAUCGUUGUUCGGAUCUUAGCCGUCACGAUUUUAUCCUAUUCGGUACAAAAAAUCGCUAGCCAAUUAAUCGGUCCAUUGAACCUGAUUAAUCGGUCCAUUAUUUGGUUAAUCGGUUCAACUCAAAAAAGGAAUUGUAAACUAUGAAGAUAUUUUUAGAGCCUACUAAAAAAUCCAAAUACUUGACUGAGUCUCAACCACGAAAAAGACUAUAUAGAUGACAAUUUCACCUCUUUUCCUUUCACUCACCGAUGUGGGACUUUUGUACAGCUUGAUUUAUAAUUGAAAAAAGACUAAUAAUCGAAAAUAAAUAAAAUACACUGCUAGGAAGCAAAGACUGGUUGAUUGGCAUCAGUACAAGGGUCCCUGCCACUAGGAGAGGUCAACUUGAUUGUUCAAUUUCACAUAUAUUAAUAUAUACACAUAUAAUUAUAAUAAAAGUACAAAAACCAUGUUCCAAUUAAUCUCUGCUUAAUCUCUAUUUUUUUGGUAAUUCGCUAGGUUCGAGGUUGCCACACGACUAGCGUUUAGCGUAGUUCCGAACGUGAAAAAUACUUUCUUCAUUAAGAGACAAAAAAACUCUUAUAUUCUUGAUGUCUCUAUAUAUAAAAAAUAAUUAUUUAAAUAAAUAAUAAAUUAUACUUUUUCAAAUUUAAAUUUUUUAUUUUUUUUUGAAUAUUAUUUUCAAAUUUUCUUUUGGGAAAUUCGAAAAAUAUUUUUGAAGCUAUUUAAAAAAAUUAAAGUAUUUAUUUAUAUAUUUAUUAAAAUCUUAAAUUUCACAUUCCAAAAAUUCUACCACAACCUUAAAUCUACAUUAGUUACCCUAGAAUUAUAAUAUAUUUUUUCUCUUUAAAAGUGACGAUAAAACUGGUUAAAAUAACAUAAAAAGUAGUAUUAUGAAUAUAGUAUUUUUGACAAUUUUUUUUAUAAUUUUUAUACUAAAAGUCAAUAGUUUUGUAGUAUUCAUUUUAUGCAUUUAAAAAGGAGUUACUUGAGCGAUUCUCUGGAUCAUGUUAGGUGUGUUUGGUUAAGAGAAACACUCCCGAUUAGUCGAGAAGUUCAACACCCCAAUUCAAUACAAAUUCCAAUCCCAAGCGAGUGUUUCCAAAAGAUGAGAAAUGGUGCAUAAUAAUUAAUAAACAUACAUAUAUUAUACUUAACCUGUGAUAAUAAUAUAAUUUUACUCUUUUUGUUUAAGACCACUAGUUCAAAAAAAAUUUCGUUUCUAAUUGUAUAAUGUUUAGCAUAGCUGUUUUUACCAUGUUCCAUUUGAACUACUUGUCCGAUGCCAUCAUAAAGAUCUAGAUUUAGCCAUUUAGGGUUGUGGAAUUUACCUAACAACAACACAGACAUCCUAUGAAUUAUGAAACAGAAACACGAAAACAUCGUUAAGAAAAUAAAAUGCAAAGGCCAGGUAACAAAGCAGAUCAUAGAUAUGUUAUGGUGGUUGAGAUAUUAGGUUAUCCACCAAUGAGCAGCCUUAUAUAACUUAUACCCUAGACACACAUAUAUUUACAGUCACACAUAUAUGCAUCUAUAAAAGAAUAACAAAUACACGAAAACAAAAACUCAACUUAUUGAAAAACAUAAGGUUGCGUGAGUUAUGGGGAAGACGUCGACGAUUCUAUUUCUAUUCUAUCUCUGUAUCAUCUUUGGGAUUUCAGUGAUAACAAGAUGCAAUGCAACGACAUACUUUGUGGGAGAUACCUCUGGUUGGGACAUAAGCUCCGAUCUUGAAUCCUGGACUUUAGGCAAGAGAUUCUCUGUUGGUGAUGUUCUAAUGUUCCAAUACUCAUCGACGCAUAGUGUCUACGAAGUGGCAAAAGACAACUUCCAAAGCUGCAACUCUACAGACCCGAUCCGUACUUUCACAAAUGGGAACACGACCGUAGCUCUGUCCAAACCGGGAGACAGGUUCUUUCUCUGCGGUAAUCGUCUCCAUUGCUUCGCUGGUAUGAGGCUACAAGUCAAUGUCGAAGGCAAUGGCCCAUCUCCGUCCCCUGUGGGAGCUCCCGGAGCUGCUCCCGUAGGAAUUCUUCAACCGUCUUCUAAGAAGAAUAACCCUCCGACCGGCGUUGCUACUAGCUCGGCUCCCCAUGUUGGUGGCUGCGGUGGAAGGGUUAGUAUAGUGACUUUUGUAUAUCUGAUGGUUUUUGGUUUUCCAUUGUUAUGGACUCAUAUAUUGGUAACAACUAAAAUAAGAGUUUACAGUAUACAAUGCAUGCACACAUAUAUGUAUUGGUUCGAUUAUGUCAAACUUUGGUUUGGUUUGGUGUAAUUUUGGAUUAAAAAAUACUAAUUGGAUUACAUAUACUUUACACAUUAA